AAGUGAGUACUAGGGGAUUUUGGGGAGUCUCUGCGGAGGAACGUUAGGCAGAGUAAACCGGCGCCCCAUCAUCCUGCAACAGGCUUCCCUCCCCGAUAGCUGCCGGCAGGUUCAAGGGAGGAGGGGGCUUGGUGAAAGAGGGCUUUGUAAGAAAUUAGAGAACAAAUCUCUUUGUUACCCGGGGCCCGCAGCUGCUAUUUGUUUCAGAGGACUUGGGUCGGCUUAUUGAAAUCUGGGAGAUCUUGUAAUCCAAGAUGCGUUCAAUUAAACAGUCUGCGAGGGGCUAGGUAAGCAAACUGCUGCCAGGCUCCAGGAAAUUAAACAUGUGAACAAAAAAGCCUGUAAAGAUCAGAGGAGAAGGGAAAGAAAAGAGAAAUUGAAGCCUUCUGUACAAUUUUUUAUCAAGGCUUCCACAGCGGCCCUCUGAUGUUUGAUUUGCAGCCAAGCAAUCUCCAGGGCGCUUGGAGUUAGGGGUCGGAGCAGUGGAGGGGACUGAGAGAGAGAGCGAGAGAGAGAGAGAGAGAGAGGGAGCUGUUGCGAUCAAGGUGACGUCAGUGGAUUGAGGUGUCCUGCUCUUUUUAAUCCUGAGCUGAUUAGUAGAACAAAAAAAAAUCCAGUGUGAGUGUGCACUGUGUGGAAGUGAGCGAGGGUGUCGAAAGGCAGGAGCGACGAAGAAAGAACGGUAAAGAGGAGGAGUGAAGAACAACAGGAAAAAUAAACAGGCAGAAAGGGGAGGCAGAUACAAGAAGAGGAAGGGAAAAAAGGAAGGUCAUUAAAAGGGAUCUGAGAAGAAAGAUAAGAAGAUAUCUAGAGGGGCAGACUUCUUUGCUGUUUGAAGAAAAACCUCUUCCCCCAAAUCCUCCCCUGAUUACCUUUCCCCUCUUUGAACCCAUCACCCAUCACCCCUGCCCCCAGACUCGAGACUCAAGAGAGGUCAAAAUGCCGACCAACGGAAUUCACCAGGCCUUGAAGAUCCAGUUUGGCCUAAUCAACCAUGAAAACCGCUACCUGACAGCGGAGGGGUUCGGCUUCAAGGUGAAUGCCUCGGCUCCCAGCAUGAAGAAGAAGCAGAUCUGGACGCUGGAGCAGGACGAGAAAAACAGCGGCGUGGCGUACCUGCGCAGCCACCUGGGCCGCUACCUCUCCACGGACAAGGACGGCAAGGUGAUCUGCGGGGCCGAGCAGCCUGACGGCGACUGCCGCUUCCUGAUCGUGGCGCAGUCUGACGGCCGCUGGGCUCUGCAGUCAGAGCCCCACGCCCGCUACUUCGGGGGCUCCGGGGACCGCCUCUCCUGCUUCUCCCAGGCCAUAGCCGAGCCGGAGCUCUGGGCCGUCCACCUGGCACUGCAUCCCCAGGCCAACCUGCUGAGCCUCAGCCGCAAGCGCUACGCCCACCUCUCCACCCAGGAGAAUGAGAUCUCAGCCGACAGCAACAUCCCCUGGGGAGUACACUCCCUCCUCACCCUCGUCUACCUGGACGGGAAGUACUGCCUCAAGACCUGCGACAGUCGCUUCCUCCGCAAUGACGGCAAGCUGGUGAUGGAGCCUGUCCGCAACACCGGCUACACCCUGGAGUUCAAGUCUGGCAAGCUGGCAUUCAAGGACUGCGACGGCAAGUACCUGACCCCCAUGGGCCCCACCGGCACCCUGCGGUCCGGACGAAGCUCCAAGCCUGGCAAGGACGAGCUGUUUGACCUGGAGGAGAGCCACCCACAGGUCGUCUUCCAAGCAGCCAGCGGGAGAUUCGUCUCCAACAGGCAAGGUGUCAGUAUCUCGGCAAAUCAGGAUGAAGAGACUGACCAGGAGACGUUCCAGAUGGAGAUUGACCGGGGCAGCAAGAAGUGCAUGUUCCGAACCAACGCCGGCAACUACUGGACGCUGGUCUCGCAUGGGGGCAUCGAGUCCACUGCCACCGAAGUAGCUGCCAGCACCAUGUUUGACAUUGAGUGGCGUGGGCGCAGGGUGGCACUCCGAGCGGGCAACGGCAAGUACGUCUGCACCAAGAAGAAUGGGCAGCUGUCGGCGGGCAGCGACUCUGCAGGUGAGGAUGAGGAGUUCCUGUUGAAGCUGAUCAACCGGCCCAUUCUGAUCCUGCGCGGGGAGAAUGGCUUCGUCUGCCACCACAAGAACUCCAACACGCUGGACGGCAACCGCUCCGUCUACGACAUCUUCCAGCUCAUCUUCACUGACGGAGCCUACCAGAUCAAAGGCUCCGCAGGGAAGUUCUGGUACGUCUCCAGCAGCGGACUGGUCUGCUCCGACGGGGAGAUGCCCGAGGACUUCUUCUUUGAGUUCCUGGAGCACGGGCGGGUGGGCAUCAAGGGCAAGAACGGCAAGUAUCUCCGGGGCGACCAAGGGGGCACGCUGAAGGCCGAUGCAGACAAGGUGGACAGCUCUACGCUCUGGGAGUACUGACCCCGUCGGACACUCAGGGGAGCACGCGAUCAAACCAACACAAACAAACAAACACCUGAAAGGUGCCCGGUGUUUUCAAACUUGUAUUUAGGAAACUGGACUCAAGGAGAGUUAUUUAUUUAUAUGUGUAGUUUUGCAAUUGCUUCCAAGUAGGGGUGGAUUCAAGAUAGGUCUCCCUGUUUUUGUGGUCACAUUCACAUACGGUAAAUGUGGUAAGUAUUUGCCAUUUUUUGAAACAGCUGUGUGUUAUGGGCAGGGUACGGCUGGAAGUUAGAUUGAAUAGCGUCAGGGUGAUGACAAGGUUCACUAUUGUAUGUUUGGAUUACCUCUUUUAGUCAGUGUUGUCAUUUUUUAUUCAGAAGAGAAGCCCUAAAGAAAACUAGGAUAAUGAGCAAUGAACUACAAGCAUCUAUAUGCUGUACAGAUAUACAUACUGUAUGCGCAUUACAACCCAGUACUAUCUGUCACAAAACCGGGGCAGUUCCUCAAAAGACUGCAAUUUUUAUACAUCCAUUAAUACUACUGUCAUUUAUAGGAACGUGCUGUGCAUUGUAGUACCAAGCCUUAUUAGCAGACUGCAGACAUCAUUCACAUAGCUUUAACUUGUUAUUUAAAUAACAAAGUUUUGACAGAAUACAUUUUAAUAUUGAUGACAUUUUUCUAGACUAGGUGUCGAAUGUGGUUAUAUAUUGCAAAUAGGCUAUUUAUGAGAGGCAGAAAGGAUUUGCAUAAAGCCAUGGUUAUAUGCAGUGCAAAGUUUCUGAGGAAGUUACAUUGUCUCUCAUAGCCUAGCCAACCCUUACAUGAGAAUCUGGUGCCGGUUGCAUCUCGUUCUAAUAGCAGACAGUGUAUUAAUACAGAAGAAAUUCUAUCAGAAAUGGCAACACAAUCGAUAACUGUCACUGCAGUCUAUCUGCUGGUAUCUCUCCCCACAUCUGAAAAAUAUAUUUCGUGAUACAGCUGGUGUCUUGAAACAUAUUUACCAUAUCCUAGUAUAUAUCACAGAAACGCAGAGGGCACUGAAGCCCACCCCUGUUAUUGCAUUAACGUCUUAAUGCAAUAACGAAUAGGCGUAGGGCUGUCAUGGCUAAUAAUAAUAACAAUCAUUCAUUGUUUUGUUUCCCUGUAAGUGCAGCAACAGCAGUAAUAAAGAAUAUGGCCAGCAUUCACACUUUAGGAGGGGAGUAACACGCAGCUUUCCCUCACGGACAGCAGCCUUUAAUAAUGUUCACAGUUUUUUUUUUAUCUGCAGCAGCAGUGACUGGCUUGCAAUGAGAAGUGUGAGUCUGACCUGUUUAAUCAGUGUUUGUGUUUGUGACAUGAAAGGACAGCAGUUAAGCAGAGUCAGGAACAUUCUCUUAGUUCCCGGUCCAUUCUAGAACUUUCUGUGGAUCUUUUAGAACCCUCCCAUCCGGAACUUUCAGUCCUUUAUUUAAAAUAUAUAUAUUUUUUUAUUUAACCAGGAUAGAACCCUUGAUAGAUACAUCUCAACACAUUUAGCUGACUGCAGACUCAUUCCCUGAUGUUUAUAAUAUGUACUGGUGUCAGUCCUUUGUAUAGGACAUAUUAACAGGGGGUUCUGGAUAAGGGUUUUUUGGGGGGGGGGUUGUUUUAUAGACAUAAUUUGACACUGGAUGAGAGAAUGGUCUUAACAGUGGGGAACAGGCUUAUCCAGUGUUGAGGGUUACUGUGUUGAAGCCAGCGCAGCACGCAUGUUGCUUGUCUUGGCUUGAUCUAUCAUGAUCACUGAUGUUCUGCUAACAUUGCCAUUCCAGUAACACCCUGUCCCUGAUCCACCUGUUGGUCAAUGCAGCCAUGUGACGGCUUAAAUAUGACAUCACUGCCCACUAAGGGAUUUUCAAAUGUUACUUUUACAUUCUCCAACUUUUUGGCCAGCCAGUGUAUGAUCUCCCACCUCUCAGAUAAGGAGCACCCCCCUCCAAUCCACUGUCUGCUGCUGUGAGCAAUGCCCUCAUAAACGCUCCACGCGUUCCACAUGUCCCGCUCAGCCUCAGCUCGAACCCUUUCAGUGUUUUACCAAUCCUGACUCAGCUGAUCAAUCACCCGACUGGAGAGCGGCAGAGUAAAGUAUGAAGUUACAAACAGUGUUGCAAAUGAGCCAGAUUCCUAAUGGGCUCAAAACAAUUGUAGAAAGUAGCUUCUUAAUGGAUCUAGUCAUUGUCAACAAGACUAUUAAGUAACACUUAUCAAUCCACAGUGUAAUGUGAUGAGGAUCAGAUACUGGGAGCAGAUCAACAAAUACUGUGUAGUUUCAUUGUUAGGAUGGGUACUUUUCAUACAACUUCAGAAUUAGGGUCUUGGGGAUGUUUUUUUUUUUUCCUGAAAUUAUUUUAAGAUUAUCAUAAUAAAAACAGCUUUCUCCUUUGA